AGAAAGGGCACUGCUGGUUGACACCUCACCCAUCCCCUCCUCCCAGGCCCCAACCAGGCUGGAAUUAAAGGACCCUGGGAGGAAAAUAAGGAAAGCAACAAAGGAAAUGAGUUCCCCAUACAGAAAGGAAAUUGCCUUUCCCCUUAAGGUCAGACUGGUCCGAAGUAAAGGACUGGUGCGCCCUAGCGACCGCCUCUGCUGAGGCCCUAAAGCUGGAGCUCUUUUGCCCUCGCAGAAUAACCGGGACUUUCUUGCAGCCGGAACCAGCCACGUCCUGAUGCCACACUCCCUUGAGGAGCCAGCCAGCUCCACAUUUACUCAAAGAAUCCAAAGGGCACCAAGUGGAUUCUCUGCCACACAAUUGAAGAGGGCAAGCUGUCUGGGGGGCUUGCCACCUCUUUUCAACUCAACUAUUCUGAGCUGAAGUACUGGACCCGUUUUGUUUUUCUUGUUUUUUUCCUGCUUCGGUAAAUCUGGAAAAAUCCUGAAGGUCUGAAAAACUGUUGGACUUGACAGCGUGUGUGUAGCGCCACCUGGUGACCACAGCUUAUCAAAACAGCUUCCUUCCGGGGCUCUUGUGGAUGUACAUCAAAGGCUCCAGCUUCCAGACAGGCAAACAGGGUGAAGAGAGAGGCAUAGAUGAUGGACACUAAAACAAGGACCCCUGAGUCCUAAACCUGAAGAAGCUACAGCCUGGAGCUCUAAACUACAUGAGUUUUUCCAAACGACAAGCCAAGAAGACCUGUUGAAAGUUUCCUCUUAAGUUUCGUGGAGAGAGACUCAGGUAUAGAAAUAUCCUUACCGCCACCUGACCUGAAGCAGAAGAAAUCACUGCCAGCUUCCAGACCAGGCCCAACAUGUGUAGCACGAGUGAGUGUGACCUGGAAGAAAUCUCCCUAGAUGAUGAUGACCUAAACACCAUAGAAUUCAAAAUCCUCGCCUACUACACCAGACAUCACGUCUUCAAGAGCACCCCUGCUCUCUUCUCGCCAAAGCUGCUGAGAACAAGAAGUUUGUCCCAGGGGGGCCUGGGGAAUUGUUCAGCAAAUGAGUCAUGGACACAGGUGUCAUGGCCUUGCAGAAAUUCCCAAUCCAGUGAGAAGAUCAUAAACCUUGGCAAGAAAAAGUCUUCUUGGAAAGCACUCUUUGGAGUAGUGGAGAGGCAAGGUUCGCAGAGCACGCCUGCCAACGUCUCUGCUCAGGGUCAAAGGACGUUGGAAUACCAAGAUUCGCACAGCCAGCAGGGGUCCAGGUGUCUAUCUACCGCGGAGCAGUGCUCGGAGCAUGAAGCUGUGGACCCCAAAGUCAUUUCCAUUGCCAACCGAGUAGCUGAAAUUGUUUAUUCCUGGCCACCACCACAAGCGACCCAGGCAGGAGGCUUCAAGUCCAAAGAGAUUCUUGAAACUCAGGGUCUCUCCUUCCAGCUCGGAGGCCACGUGCCUGUAGCUUCAAGUUCUAAGAAAGAUGAAGAAGAACAAAUACUAGCCAAAAUUGUUGAGCUGCUGAAAUAUUCAGGAGAUCAGUUGCAAAGAAAGCUGAAGAAAGAUAAGGCUUUGAUGGGCCACUUCCAGGAUGGGCUGUCCUACUCUGUUUUCAAGACCAUCACAGACCAGGUCCUAAUGGGUGUGGACACCAGGGGAGAAUCAGAGGUCAAAGCUCGGGGUUUUAAGGCUGCCCUUGCAAUAGACGUCACGGCCAAGCUCACAGCUAUUGACAACCACCCGAUGAACAGGGUGCUGGGCUUUGGCACCAAGUACCUGAAAGAGAACUUCUCGCCAUGGAUCCAGCAGCACGGUGGAUGGGAAGAAAUACUUGGGAUAUCACAUGAAGAAGUAGACUGAAAUACCAGAUUUGUCAUCAGGAAUACUCUUUGUCUACCGUGGUCCUGUGCAUGCUGGCCUCAGGUGGACUACAGGAGAUUACAACGUACAAGGCAGAUGGAGCAAUUGACGUUUUCAAAACCAUUAUUCCUGUGAUUGGAGAGGCAUCCGGAGAGGGCUUGUUCAUCUCCAGCUCAUAAAAUGUAGCAGCAUGGUCCUUGACAGUGACGUUUUUCAAGCCCUCCAUUGAGUGCCUGAGGAAAUCUGUAAAGAUAAGUGGUGAUGUUGUUUCAAACGUUCAGAACAGAUACCAUCAUCCUGCCUUUGUUAGCUGCCGUAGGGAAAGUGUGUUACAGAUGUCUGCUGACCUCACAAGAGUGAAAAGAUAAACUGUGCAUGUGUUUACA